AUGUUCCAUCGUCUUUGUUUAGAACAACUGCUCAAGCCAAAAUCACCAAAUACUGAUCAAGCUUCAGACACAGCAGCGUCAGGAAGAGAUGCAAAGCAAUGCGAAAAAGGCGGUGAAUGUUCGCAAAUCAACGAUAAAAAUCACUGCAGUAAAUGGAAGCAUCCUGAUUAUUGUCCUGACGGUGGUCAUUGCAAGAACCAACAAUUCGAUCAUCUGAAAAAGUAUCGACAUUUACCACUUUGUUCAAAAUCGCACAAAUGUAUUGACUAUCAAAAGGAAGUAAAAGAACACUGCGAAAAAUUUCGCCAUUUCGCUCCACGCUGUCCCUAUGGAAACAAUUGUGUCGACUUUCACAACAAAAAGCAUAUCGAUGAGUUCAGUCAUCAGUAUCCGACGCCAUGUCCUUAUACGCCGUUUCACUGUUCACUUUACGACGAUCUAACUGAACACAGGAAUAGCCGAGGUCUUUCGAAUGCAGUUCACCAACACUGUCUCAACUUCGCACAUGUAUGCAGAGCCGGCCGAAACUGUACCGACACAACACAGCUGCACUGGUCUAGAUCCUUUCAUAUCGCUCGAAACCUGUGUCCAUAUGGCGAAAAAUGUCUUCGACUUACCGAUGAAGAGCAUCUCAAUUCAUUCACACAUCCUAACAUACUCGACAUUCGACUGCUGUGUUCCGAGGGUGAUAAUUGUUCCGAUCGUGCUAACGCUGAUCAUGUAGCUAAAUUCCGUCACAGCAUAGCCGAUGAAACCGGUGUAGUACCCUACUACAGUCUAGAUAAAGGUUCAGAUUUCACAAAAAACCAUCGAGAAGUUCUUGAACGUGUAAAGCGAUAUGCCGAAAAGAACAAUUGGAAACCUUUACCUUCUGGAACUAUUCCCAAAGAUAUCCUUGAUUGGGUGCACACUGUAUUUCCUAUCCAUCGAUGCAAUCCAAUUAUAUUCGAGUCUAUCCUUCUACAUGGACAUGUCAUGAGUCGUGACUACAUGGAGCGAUUGAAAAAUCCCAAGUUUGUUGCUACUUCAGUGCUACAGCACAGUCGAUUACGACGUAUUGAUGGUCUGAAAACGCCUGCAUGCGAAAAUGACGCCCGACAGUAUAUCACUGCCUUGGUGUGCGUCGAAUUCAUAGAAAACAAUUUUACAUCAGCAAUGACUCAAGGAAUGGAUCUACUUGAUACAGACACAGCAACGCCAGCUGCAGCUCAUCCUGAUACGAAAGCGUUCUAUCAGGAUAUCAUCAAAAGAAAGGAGAACCGAUUAGCCUUGACGAUUGGAAAUCAGGAUGUAAAAGCAAUCCGUGACAAAACGCUGCAGAUUGCCCAAGCGUCGAUCAACCUUCAUUCCAAUCCAGCUGGUAUUGGUCAUCAACCCGACAAGAUUUUGCGCACCGACAAGCAUGUCUUCAGCAUUCUCGGGCCACACCAAGGUCAUUAUUACGGUGACGUUAUUGUAAUUUUCAAACGAGAAAUCUUACAUCAUCCUGAUUCAAAUAUAUCGAUGCAAGCAGCUACGACGUACCUGAGUGGCAAUGCCUAUAAAUGGCGACCGUGGUUAGGACAAGCACCUGGUUCACAAGAUGAACGAGUGAAACAAUAUCAUGCCACAAAGCUACAUGCUGGCGUUCCAGGUUAUGACUAUGCCCUCAGUGCGGAAUUGAUGGCAUUGACUAGUCUGCACCAAAAAUUAAACUCAUUGGAUGUUAGCAUAAAGCAGAUUCUCGAUCGAUGGACAUCAGUCGAUUCCCAUCAGACCGUCGAAGCUCAUUUACCUCAGUUGAUUCCUCUAGAAUAUAUCGACCAUGUCUAUAUCCCGAAAAAUAUCUAUGAGAACCUUAGCGAGGACGCUAUGCGAGCUAUCGCUGCCGUUUUUCGAAAUCGAAUAAGUGUGGCCGAACAGAUAGUCGAGCCUGUGGAUAAAGUGCCAACAUUUGCUCCCAGACCUCCGGCGAAGAUGCGUGCAGAGUACCAGGAUGCUUGUGUUCAUACACUCCUGUUCCGCUACAAGAAGUACACCUCUCAACUAGCAUUGAAUUAUCACCAAGGAAUAACAAUGACUAUACGGCCUACAAAUUUCGAAGAACAUUACGUUUUGCCUCUCACCAUCCGUCAAGCGUAUGAACACUAUCGCAUUAUGGAAUCAGACCCGUCAACGGCUAACACCACCUAUAUUUACUGGAAAGCUGCAAACGGCGAUAUGAUGAUAACAUUAUCCAAUGAAGAAAUUAGCCCCACCGAACAUCAACCAAAUCUUCGCAGUCUAAUUUGCUACGUCGCUCCCAAACCGUCAGUCACGGACGACAACUAUCACGAAGCAAGUACGUAUCUUUCAGCUGGGCACCCAUUCCAACACGAAACGAUUGUUCUCAAAAAAACCUAUAAAAUCAAGUCUAAUCAUUUCUAUAUGGGUUGUAAUGUGAACGACUUCUUUACUUACUGUUUGGAAAUUCAUCGUGGUACCGGUCAUAUCGUUCUUUCUCAUGCAGGACCGAAUGGUAUUUACAAUCACAAUGCGAUGGUUUGUGCCUUCAGUCGAUCAGAACUCGAUUUAACAACACUGAACUUUGUUCAUGUCAGUGCAGGAAAACAUAAAGUACCGAUGCGAAAUCUAAUCAUUUGCUUCGAUCGACAGCCCAACCUACAUCCGACAUUCGACAGAAACUUCCGAAAAAAGCUUGACCUUGAAAAUGGUGGAGGCAGCCGAUAUUGUCAUUGGUUCGGUAAACAAAUGAAUUUCGUUCAAGUUCAUCGCCAAAUUCGUAAAAUUUACGGCUUAAGUGAUCCGCAAAUUCAUACAAAACUAUACGAUUAUCAAAAGCAACCGUUAAAUACUGGAAAAUAUCGGACGUUUCAUGAUUAUAUCGACUCAAAUGGGUUAAGUGGCAAUAGUAUUGCUAUUUACUUAUACACGUACGACGAAGACGUAGAUAACGAUGUCAUCUCAAAUGUAUUGUCAUCAAAGGAAAUAAUACCAUAUGUUGAUCAGUCUAUCAACACUUUUAGAAUGUCACAUGCGAUAGAAUAUUCGUUUAUUAAUGAAAUCAAUCGAUUGAAACGAUAUGUUCGAGAGCUAAUCAAUGAAAACGGAAUAGACAGUGUCCUACUUCAGUUAUUCGAGAAUUUCUGUACGAUUUAUGGUUACGUCUUCUCGAUUCUUCUGCCUCUUCAACAACAACAGAAUGAUCCAACGAAAGCUGUGGAAAUCACUGUGUACUUAAACAAUCUCGAGAAGAUUUACGAAAUAUUUGAGUCGACUAAGACGCUGCUUCAUCGAAAUAUGAGCAAUUAUCGUCGUAAUCGAACUUAUUCAACUGUCCGAAGCACAUUCUUUCAAUUUUAUAAUAACGUGCAGAUCCUACGCAAUCGAUGGUUGAGAAAUGACACUCGAAAGAUUGAUUCGACUUUGCCGGUACUAACACAUUCCGAUGAGAGAAAACCAAUUUGUGUUUAUAUACAAGGAUGUGAGAAAAAACUGGAUGAGCAGGUAUCCUUGUGUUUAUCGACUAUAAAAUAUUUAUUGCAAAUCUUACAAAUCCUGAAGCCUGAAAAGCAUAUCAUCUCUGGUUCACGUGAAGCAGCAAUUGUUAUCGAUGAAAAACCAAUUUCAAAGCAAAUUCGACGAACAAAGCAUUAA